AUGACUGCUCCUAUAACCCAACAACAAUCAGCUCAGGCCAAGGACGCCGCCGCCGCCGCCUCUGUGCGCAAGCGGAGGAGACGGGCUCCCGCCGGCGGCGCCGCCGAUGACUGCUUCACCUGCUCCAAGAGAAGCGUCAAGUGUGACCGCAGACGGCCUUAUUGCUCGCAAUGCCUCGAGAUCGGCAACGAGUGCUCCGGAUACAAGACCCAACUGACCUGGGGAGUCGGUGUCGCCAGCAGAGGCAAGCUGCGCGGCCUGUCUCUUCCCAUCGCUAAGGCGCCCCCCGUCGCCGGGGUUGCGAAGAAGUCGCCCGUCCGUCCCCGCGCCAACUCGACAGCCACCACUGCAGGAUGGGCAGACGCCGACAACGUUUCUCGGAGAAAUAAGCGCGACGAUGCCGGCUUCUCGCCAGAGCACGUCGUCUCGACGCCCACAACACCCUUCCCCCACAGCUACGACCUUCUCUCCAUGUCACAUCCCGAGCACACGCCCUCUUUGACCGCCGGACACUGGGGCGGUCUCCCAUAUGCGAACAGCAUGCCUACGGAUGGGCCCAACUACCGGAAACUGGGUGCUCACCUGGGCCCCAUCCCCAUUUCGGGAGCCAUGUCUUCGUCGCUCGACUCGGUGAGCGACGCCGACUACAUGUCGCCCAUUAGCCACUCGUACUCGAGAGACGACAUACCAUUUCUCCACAGCCCCAACGUAAUGUAUGACGGCUACAGCACCCACGGCUCGCCGGUGCCACAAAGCCCCAUCUCGGCCAUCCUCAUCGACCAGAGGGGGGCGCCUACGUCGUGCCCUAGCCUCGUGUACGCCCCGUCGGAACAUAGUUCAAGCCUCACGUCGCACAUGGACAACUUCGAAAGCGUUCCCGAGAUGGAUGCGUAUAGCAACAGCUGCAACUCCAACAGCCAUGUCUGGACCUCGCCGCCUCCCGAAAGUAUGUCACCGCACCACUCGGACCACCACCAGGCUUCGGCCCAGUGGCCUACCAUGUUCGAGCCGCAGGCCGUUCACGUCAACCCGGAUCUCAUCGCCAAGAUGCCCUUCUUCAUGGACUACUACAAGAACAUCAUGUGCCCGUCUAUGGUCUUCAUGGACGGGCCGGGCAAUCCGUACAGGGAGCACAUCCUCCACCUGGCCUCCAACAGCCAGAGCCUUCAGCACGCCAUCUGCGCCCUGUCGGCCUGCAACCUGCGGAUGAAGCGCCGGCUCAGCCUGGGCCAGGACACGCGCGAGCUCUCGGAGAAGCUCAUGGCCGAGAAGUCGACAGCCGAGUCCAUGGCUGACGCACAGCCCGAGGACCAGUCCCUCUCGGAGGAGUACCAACACCGGAACCUCGCAGUCCACCUGCUCAACCAGCAGCUCAAUGACCCGGCCAAGUCCAGCCACGACUCGGUCCUGGCGACCAUCCUACUCCUCUGCCACUACCGCAUGGUGGAAUCUGGCAUCGCAAAGUUCCACACGCAGUUUGCCGGCGUUAAGAAGAUCCUAUCCAUUCGGCGGUCGCAAAACCUUGCGCCCUCGCGCGACUCGGCGUGGAUGGAAGCCAUCUUUACCUACUUCGACGCCAUCUCGGCCAGCAUCAACGACCGCGAGGCCCAGCUCAACUCGACAUUUUACGGCGUCAUGCCGGACGCCCAGCUCCUGCCGCCCGGUGCAGAGAACCUCGUCGGCUGCGAUCGCGAGCUCUUCAAGACUAUCAGCAAGCUCGGCAGACUCAACUUGCUGUCCCAGCACCGCGCCGUCCAGAACCUCGUCGGCGGUCCAGGAGGGCGUAACGUCCCAUCCCGUUCCCAGUCGCCACUCGGUUCGCCCCUGGGCCACGCCUAUAAGGGGAGCAUCGGUGGCCUGCAUCAGCAGCAGCAAAUGGGCGACGCCUUCAACAUGCCCAUGCGGUUCGACGGCAAUGGCUUUGGCUCGACCCUCGACGACGACGAAUUCGCCUCGUCGUCGCUGUGCUCGUCGGCGACAUACGACGAUCACCGCAACAACUUUUGGCGGGAGUGGAAGGAAGCGCGCGUGGCGCUCCAGAGCUGGGAGUUCGACUCGGCGCGCGUGCACGCGUCGCUCCCGUCUCCCGCAACACCUGCGCAGGUCCGUGACCUCGGGUCGCUGUCCGAGGCGUUCCGGUACGCGGCGCUGCUGUACACGGAGCGGCUGGCGUCGCCGAACGUGCCAUCGACGCACAGCAACUUCCAGAACCUCGUGUCGCAGGUCGUCUACUACGCCACGAGCCUCGAAGCCGCGGGCGGCCAGGCCGAGAAGUUCUUAUUGUGGCCGCUCUUCGUGGCGGGCAGCGAGUGCGUCAACGGGCUGCAGCAGAACAUUGUGCGGAGCAAGUGCCGUGACAUCAUGGCACGCUCGGGGUACAUGAACAACCUUGCGGCGCUCGACGUGCUCGAGCGCCUUUGGGCCGGUGAGUGGAAGGACGGCGAGCCCCGGAGCCCCGCGGCGGUCAAGCUCGAGGCGAUGCGCCGGGGCCCGUUUAACUGGACCAGGUGCAUCGGCGGGCCCGGUGUCGAGGUGGAGUGGAUCAUGUUCUAA